AUUUGAAGGAGUUUGACCUAGAUAUGGCCCUCUGGGGAGCCGCGUGAUCUGAGCCAGACCUCAGGGAGAGCCCUUUCUCUGGUCUCGAUCUUGUUCCAGAUUCCUCGAGCUGAACCCAGAGCUCUCUGCUGCAGUGUGUCUGUUUAGGCUCCUUUUGGCCAUGUUCUGAAACUGGCACAGCUUUAUCUAAUGGGAUGAACCUGGCUAAAGAGAUUAGCGAGAUGUCUUGUGGUCCCCACUUUUAAUCUGCAGCGUUCCAGCUCUCCCUGCUUGGCUGGGAAGGAAGCUGCAGGACCAUCUCGGAGACCUGGCCCCUUCAUGAGCCGUGCCUCUGCGGCCCCGGUUACCACGACUAAGUUAACGGGGGUCCCAGGCUAAGGGGCUCAACAUGGGCAGCUCCCAGGGCAGCUCCCUGCAGCGUGGGCCAUCCGCUCCCUUCCCCAGGCCCUGAGUUUUCAGCCCCCGGGCUCACGAAGGUCAGGAGUGGGAGCUGUGCGGUGGGAAGCUGCCUGGACUGCACUCGGCAAGCAUGGCGCUGCUGAAGGUCAAAUUUGACCAGAAGAAGCGGGUGAAAUUGGCCCAGGGGCUCUGGCUCAUGAACUGGCUCUCUGUGUUGGCUGGCAUCAUCAUCUUCAGCCUAGGGCUCUUCCUUAAGAUCGAACUGCGGAAGAGGAGCGAUGUGAUGAAUAAUUCAGAGAGCCAUUUUGUGCCCAACUCCUUGAUAGGGAUGGGGGUGCUGUCUUGUGUCUUCAACUCUCUGGCUGGCAAGAUCUGCUAUGACGCCCUGGACCCUACCAAGUACGCCAAGUGGAAGCCCUGGCUGAAGCCAUACCUGGCUGUCUGUGUCCUCUUCAACAUUGCCCUCCUGCUGGUGACCCUCUGCUGCUUCCUCAUGCGGGGCUCACUGGAGAGCACCCUGGCCCACGGGCUCAAGAACGGCAUGAAGUACUACCGAGACACAGACACCCCUGGCAGGUGUUUCAUGAAGAAGACCAUCGACAUGCUGCAGAUCGAGUUCAAAUGCUGUGGCAACAAUGGCUUUCGAGAUUGGUUUGAGAUUCAGUGGAUCAGCAACCGCUACCUGGACUUUUCCUCCAAAGAAGUCAAAGAUCGCAUCAAGAGCAAUGUGGAUGGGAGAUACCUGGUGGACGGUGUUCCCUUCAGCUGCUGCAACCCCAGCUCACCACGGCCCUGCAUUCAGUACCAGCUCACCAACAAUUCGGCGCACUACAGCUACGACCACCAGACAGAGGAGCUCAACCUGUGGGUGAACGGCUGCAGGGCCGCCCUGCUGAGCUACUACAGCGGCCUCAUGAAUUCCACGGGCGCUGUCACGCUCCUUGCCUGGCUCUUUGAGGUGACCAUCACGAUUGGCCUGCGCUACCUACACACAGCACUGGAAGGUGUGUCCAACCCUGAAGACCCUGAGUCUGAGAGUGAGGGCUGGCUUCUGGAAAAGAGCAUAUCAGAGACUUGGAAGGCCUUUUUGGAGAGCCUGAAGAAGUUGGGCAAGAGUAACCAGGUGGAAGCUGAGGGUGCAGACGCAGGCCAGGCCCCAGAGGCUGGCUGAUG